CCGUGAAAAGCUGGCGGAAAUGGGGCAGUUCGAGGACCACUUCCGGGGACGGGUUGCGAGGCGGAGGGACGAGGGCGCAUGCGCCCUUUCCCCGGCGCUGGGGUCCUGGUGGGGGGAAUGAGGCUAGGCGCCCGCUGAGUGGAUGUCGGCGCCGUUCGAAGAGCGCAGCGGGCUGGUGCCGUGCGCCACCCCCUGGGGCCGCUGGUACCAGACCAUGGAAGAGGUGUUCAUCGAGGUGGACGUGCCGCAGGGGACCCGCGCCAAGAGCGUCGAGUGCAGCCUCAAGAGCCGCCACCUGUCUCUCUCCGUGGCCGGCGAGGAAGUGCUCAAGGUGCGGGGAGGAGGAGGAGGAGGAGGAGGCAGGGACCAGGGGCGGCGACUCCGAGCCAAAGCGCGCGGCUUCCCCCAAAGGAAUCUGGAAACUGCAGAGCUAGAGUUCCCAGCGCCCUUUGUGACUGCAAGUGGGUUGGGCUAGAUGGCCCUCGGCGCCCCUUCGAACUCUUCCGUCCUGUGGCUCUGCGGAUUCUUGGGAGGAAGCCAUGCGCGUUGGGAGUGCUUUUCAGUGCAUGGUUGCACAUAUUUCCUUUCUUAGUCUCUUGUAGUAAGGCUUACUGAGUCAUCACCAUGCCUUGGACUAGAUCCAGUGCAGGGUUUGUUGUUGUUGUUGUUUAGUCGUUUAGUCGUGUCCGACUCUUCGUGACCCCAUGGACCAGAGCACGCCAGGCACUUCUGUCUUCCACUGCCUCCCACAGUUUGGUCAGACUCAUGUUUGUAGCUUCGAAGACACCAUCCAACCAUCUCGUCCUCUGUCGUCCCCUUCUCCUUGUGCCCUCCAUCUUUCCCAACAUCAGGGUCUUUUCCAGGGAGUCUUCUCUUCUCAUGAGGUGGCCAAAGUAUUGGAGCCUCAGCUUCAGGAUCUGUCCUUCCAGUGAGCACUCAGGGCUGAUUUCCUUCAGAAUGGAUAGGUUUGAUCUUCUUGCAGUCCAUGGGACUCUCAAGAGUCUCCUCCAGCACCAUAAUUCAAAAGCAUCAAUUCUUCGGCGAUCAGCCUUCUUUAUGGUCCAGCUCUCACUUCCAUACAUCACUACUGGGAAAACCAUAGCUUUUACUAUACGGACCUUUGUUGGCAAGGUGAUGUCUCUACUUUUUAAGAUGCUGUCUAGGUUGGUCAUUGCUUUCCUCCCAAGAAGCAGGCGUCUCUUAAUUUCGUAGCUGCUGUCACCAUCUGUAGUGAUCAUGGAGCCCAAGAAAGUAAAAUCUCUCACUGCCUCCAUUUCUUCUCCUUCUAUUUGCCAGGAGGUGAUGGGACUAGUGGCCAUGAUCUUCGUUUUUUUGAUGUUGAGCUUCAGACCAUAUUUUGCGCUCUCCUCUUUGACCCUCAAUAAAAGGUUCUUUAAUUCCUCCUCACUUUCUGCCAUCUGCAUAUCUGAGGUUGUUGAUAUUUCUUCCAGCAAUCUUAAUUCCGGCUAGGGAUUCAUCCAGCCCAGCCUUUCGCAUGAUGAAUUCUGCAUAUAAGUUAAAUAACCAGGGAGACAAUAUACAGCCUUGUCGUACUCCUUUCCCAAUUUUGAACCAAUCAGUUGUUCCAUAUCCAGUUCUAACUGUAGCUUCUUGUCCCACAUAGAGAUUUCUCAGGAGACAGAUGAGGUGAUCAGGCACUCCCAUUUCUUUAAGAACUUGCCAUAGUUUGCUGUGGUCGACACAGUCAAAGGCUUUUGCAUAGUCAAUGAAGCAGAAGUAGAUGUCUUUCUGGAACUCUCUAGCUUUCUCCAUAAUCCAGCACAUGUUUGCAAUUUGGUCUCUGGUUCCUCUGCCCCUUCGAAAUCCAGCUUGCACUUCUGGGAGUUCUCGGUGCACAUACUGCUUAAGCCUGCCUUGUAGAAUUUUAAGCAUAACCUUGCUAGCGUGUGAAAUGAGUGCAAUUGUGCGGUAGUUGGAGCAUUCUUUAGCACUGCCCUUCUUUGGGACUGGGAUGUAGACUGAUCUUCUCCAAUCCUCUGGCCAUUGCUGAGUUUUCCAAACUUGCUGGCAUAUUGAGUGUAGCACCUUAACAGCAUCAUCUUUUAAAAUUUUAAAUAGUUCAACUGGAAUUCCAUCACUUCCACUGGCCUUGUUAUUUGCAGUGCUUUCUAAGGCCCUUUUGACUUCACUCUCCAGGAUGUCUGGCUCUAGGUCAGCAACCCCACUACCUGGGGUGUACGAGACAUCCAUAUCUUUCUGGUAUAAUUCCUCUGUGUAUUCUUGCCACCUCUUCUUGAUGUCUUCUGCUUCUGUUAGGUCCUUACCACUUUUGUCCUUUAUUAUGGCAAUCUUUGAACGAAAUGUUCCUUUUAUAUCUCCAAUUUUCUUGAACAGAUCUCUGGUUCUUCCCAUUCUGUUGUUUUCCUCUAUUUCUUUGCAUUGCUCGUUUAAGAAGGCCUUCUUGUCUCUCCUUGCUAUUUUUUGGAAAUCUGCAUUCAAUUUCCUGUAUCUUUCACUAUCUCCCUCGCAUUUUGCUUGCCUUUUCUCCUCCGCUAUUUGUAAGGCCUCGUUGGACAGCCACUUUGCUUUCUUGCAUUUCCUUUUCAUUGGGAUGGUUUUAGUUGCUGCCUCCUGUAUAAUGUUACGAGCCUCCAUCCAUAGUUCUUCAGGCACUCUGUCCACCAAAUCUAAAUCCUUAAACCUGUUCCUCACUUCCACUGUGUAUUCAUAAGGGAUUUGACUUAGAUUGUAUCUUACCGGCCCAGUGGUUUUUCCUACUUUCUUCAGUUUAAGCCUGAAUUUUGCUAUAAGAAGCUGAUGAUCUGAGCCACAGUCAGCUCCAGGUCUUGUUUUUGCUGACUGUAUUGAGCUUCUCCAUCUUUGGCUGCAGAGAAUAUAAUCAAUCUGAUUUUGAUGCUGCCCAUCUGGUGAUGUCCACGUGUAGAGUCGUCUCUUGUGUUGUUGGAAAAGCGUGUUUGUGAUGACCAUCUUGUUCUCUUGACAGAACUCUAUUAGCCUUUGCCCUGCUUCAUUUUGCUCUCCAAAGCCAAACUUGCCAGUUGUUCCUUUUAUCUCUUGAUUCCCUACUUUAGCAUUCCAAUCCCCUAUAAUGAGAAGAACAUCCUUCUUUGGUGUCACUUCUAUAAGGUGUUGUAAGUCUUCAUAGAAUUGGUCAAUUUCAGUUUCUUCAGCACCAGUAGUUGGUACAUAAACUUGGAUUACUGUUAUGUUAAAAGGUCUACUUUGGAUUCGUAUCGAGAUCAUUCUAUCAUUUUUGAGAUUGCAUCCCAGUACUGCUUUCGCCACUCUUUUUUUGACUAUGAGGGCCACUCCAUUUCUUUUGCGGGUUUCUUGCCCACAGUAGUAGAUAUGAUGGUCAUCCGAACUGAAUUCGCCCAUUCCCAUCCAUUUUAGUUCACUGAUGCCCAGGAUGUCAAUAUUUAUUCUUGCCAUCUCAUUUCUGACCACAUCCAACUUACCCAGGUUCAUGGUUCUUACAUUCCAGGUUCCUAUGCAAUAUUUUUCUUUACAGCAUUGGACUUUCCUUUCACUUCCAGGCAUAUCCGCAACUGAGCAUCCUUUCGGCUUUAGCCCAGCCGCUUCAUCAGCUCUGAAUCUACUUGUACUUGUCCUCCGCUCUUCCCCAGUAGCAUGUUGGACGCCUUCCGACCUGAGGGGCUCAUCUUCCAGCGUCAUAACUUUUAUAUGCCUGUUGUCUUUGUCCAUGGAGUUUUCUUGGCAGGGAUACUGGAGUGGCUUGCCGGUUCCUCCUCCAGGUGGAUCACGUUUGGUCAAAACUCUCCACUAUGAUCUGUUCAUCUUGGGUGCCCUGCUCGGCAUAGUUCAUAGCUUCUCUGAGUUCUUCAAGCCCCUUCGCCACGGCAAGGCAGUGAUCCAUGAAGGGGGUGCAGGGUUUACAUAUAAGCUAAACAAGCCAUAGCUUAGGGUCCCACUGUCUUGGGGCCUCCCCCCAAAAAAUUAAAGGGAAAAAAACUGGAUGUACAUUUCCAAAAUAUAAAAUAAAAAACAAAUAAAAUAAAACCUAUAUACAGCAACAGUGUUUUGUGUUGUGUAGGCUCCUAUGAUGUAAGUAAUGGGCCUAGCCUGCUCCCUAAAAUAUCACUGGUUUGCCCAUUUCUAUAUCAAUUACUUUGAUAAAAUACACAUUUUAUGUGCAAAUGGCUUUAGAUACCUAUUAGGUUCAAAAAUUACCAUAUCACAUAUAUUCAACACAAAAACAGUGACAAUUUGUUGUCGACAAAGGACAGCUGGACAAAUAAAUGGGCCCCAUUACUUUCAGUAGCUUAGGGCCUCAUCAAACCUAAAUGUGGCCCUGACUAGAUCAUUGGUUCCCAACCUUUUUUUGCCACGCCCCACCUAAUCAUCUGUAAAAUCCUGGUGCCACUCCCCCCCUCCCGACAUAUUAUUAUUAUUAUUAUUAUUCAAAAUAUGCACAUGGAGGAAGCCUGAAAGGCCAUUAACUGUUAAUAACUCAUUCUUGGAUUGUCCCCCUUAAAAAUCAAAUUGUCGCCCUAUGGGGCGUGUGCCCCACAUUGGGAACUACAGGACUAGAUGAUCCUUGUGGUACUUUCCAACUCUACAGUUCUAUGAUUCUUCUUUCUCUAGCUCCAUAGCCUACCUCCCAAAGCUAGUCUGGCUGCAUACUAAACCUGUAACCACCUCAGUUCCUCUGGUGUAAGAGGAGACAUUCUGCAUCAAGGCAAAAGGUCCAUCUGCCUUGACUCAAUGGAAAAGUGAUCAGUUGAUAUGCUGGGAAGAAGAGUUUCUGGUAAUAGAGUUGUAUUGUGAACCUCCCUGAGAUUUUGUGAUGAAGGGUGGUAUAUAAAUGAAAUCAAACAAACAAACAAACAAACAAACUAUUCCAUGCCAUUGUUGUGCAUGUGAGCCAUCACUUUUUUUUAUUAUUUAUUGAAUUUAUAUGCCGUCCUAUACCCAGGGGUCUCACUUGAUGAUAAGAGUCUUCAGGUGAUGAAUAUGCAUGUGUCAAACAGGGCCUCUGCCCAUUUUAUUGGGCAUUUGUGAUUAUUUGUGCUCCCAGUGGUAUCAGAGUGAUUAUUUGUGAUCCCACUCUCAGUACUGUUUGCACCUGCAAAAUGGUUUGGGGCAGAGAUACUUCUUUGUUUCCAAUCAGUGCAUGUCUGCCACUUCCUUCUGAAAUCCUGUAACUUUUCAUACUAUUGAUGCCCCAUGUUGUCUUUAGUCCUGCUCUUGUUGCGCUAUAGUCAUAUUCAUGAGUGUACAUGCUGACAGCAAUAAUGUGAUAACAUUGGGACAACAUUGCACAACACCUAAUAAACUGGAAUGAUCUGUGGAGGGUCCAUUUUUAAAUCCACCGCAAUACACUGUUAUUGCAUCAGUGACAUGUUGCAGAAUGCACCCUCGAAACAAACAAACAUAAACUGUCUCUAAAGACCCGAGUCUUUAAAAAAAGAGCUUCUGUCUAUCCAAGAGGAAAGUGAGUGUAGGAGUUUGGUAGUAUCCUUGAGCUCUUUCCUUACUGCCCCCUAUACUCUCUUAACAGCACAGGUCUGACCAUAGGUACUCAGAAGUAAAUGCUGUUGAAUUCAAUAGGCCUUUCUCCUGGGUAAAUGGGGUCAGGAUUUCAGCUUUAGCCAUUAAUGUGGUCUGAGCCUUGUACUUGCAGACCUGUGCACAUCAUUAGAUUUCUGCGUUCCUUUUGUGUGAGCAAGCAUUUGCCUACUUCAUCACAUGUGGAAAGUUGAAUGAUUUUGCCUUUAUAGAUUAAUGGAAUGCAAAUUCAUGAGAAAUAAAGCGGUUUAUAUUCAGCUUAUAUUACACUAUUGGGAUGUUGCACACAUAAUAGAAUCCAAAAUGUAUAAUUAAAAUGGCAAUACCAGACAAGGAGAUUGAGUCCCUAUAAUUAAACAAAUUUACUAAACUAGUUAACAAGUUGUUGUUUUUUUCAAAAAAUAGACCGAAUCCAACAAUUAUCAUUUACUUACAUGCAACACAAAACAAAUGGUAUUUCUGGAACCAGCUUAAGAAGUUUGAAGAUUUAAGCAAAUCUUGUUUGUUUACAAAUAUAUGUUACGACACACUUUUUAAAACAGUUACUAUUUCUUUCAGGGUAAACUCUUUGAUUCUACAAUAGCGGAUGAAGCAACAUGGACACUAGGUAAAACCUUUGUUUAAGUGAACUUUUGGGAAGCAAUUUAGUUUCUUCGUUGAGUUUUCUUCCCCGGUAAAGUUAAUGUUUUAUUCGUGGAAUUUGCAUGGGGUUUUCAUCCUUCCUUGCAAGGGCACAGAAAGAUUCACACGUGGAUUGGCAGAGCCCUGUUUCUCCCUCCCUUCUCCUGAACUGCCUGGGGAGUGGAAGUAAUGGAUGAAAUGAAGUUUCAUACCGAAACUGUUUCCGGAAUCUUUCCACUGUUUUAGCAUGCUUGUUAUAAAUUGUGGUUGUGUUUGCUGCCCUUCAGGAGGAAGAGUUGGAUAUAAAUUCAACAAAUAAAUAAAGACUGUGCAUGCCUCCCAUACACCCAUACAGCCUCCCUAUUAUGUUAUGUGAGUUCCAGUUACUGCCUCAUUUGGCUGAGCAUAGAGAUAGUUGGAUGAGGUCAUGAUGGGCGGGCACAGACCUCCAAUUCCUCAUUAAGGCCUGUUGUGCUCAUCACUCAUGCGUUGGGGCUAAAGGGGAGCAUGUGGGGCUGUUACUGCAUCUGCAUGUGGAGGGUUUGUUUCUGUGACCUUUGUCUUUUAUGCAGAGGUCCAUAAAGGCACUCAACAGCUUGUUGCUGGGGAGAACAUUUUAUUUUUAUUUUGCUCUGGUACAAACACGAAAACAGAAAGAACUCUUACCUCCUUCUAUGUAUGCCUAAAGAAUUAUGCUUAGAGGAAUGGCAGGUGUAGUGAAGCUAGAGAAAAAGAACUAUCUUUCUUCUUCAUCUCCCAGUUCAGUAAAUGUUUGUCAGUCCACAAUACUUCUGCAGAGGCAUGAAGUUUGUUCUUAUUAAACGAUUUGUGUACCACCUUACAAGCUUCAGUCACCUGGGAAUGUGUUAAUGUGAUAAUAAAUCUCAGAAUCUCUGAGCAAUUUUGCACAGCCAAGCUGCCUGUCAUAUGAUUGCUGCUGUUAAUAAUUGGUCACCUUCCAUCGAUCUAAGUGCACUACACAGGGGUUGGAGAACCAUUGCCCCUCCCAAGCAGGAUGUCCAUUGAUGUCUGAAGGUUGCUGACCCCUGCAGCAGUCUGAGGAUGAAUAUAUGAAGACAAAAAAACUUAGUCACAAAAGGAAAGCUCAUUCAUUUGGUGUUGGCUCCACAAACACUGUGUGUAAUAGUUUAGAGAGAGCACAUGCCUUUGCUUGCUGGUCAAAAAAAGGAGCUGGUCUAAAUGCACGCAAGUUUCCAGCUGUUGUGUGUCAUCUUCCUCCCUUAAAAAGCACACUUCUUUAAAAAACAGAGGACCAGAAACUGAUACGAAUCGUCUUGACGAAAACCAACCGUGAUGCUGGAAAUUGUUGGAGUUCUUUGCUUGAGAACGAGUAUGCUGCUGAUCCUUGGGUCCAGGACCAGAUGCAGAGGAAGCUGACGCUAGAAAGGUUCCAAAGAGAGGCAAGUCCGGGGACAUCAGUUAAUGUUUGUGGGCAUGUAUUUGAACCAAGAUUUGAACAUUACGAAAGCAGGGUAUUGAGACGUAUCCUGAAUAUAGCCGCAGUGGUAUAUAAAUUAUCUAAAUAAACAAACUAGCGGUAGUGAUCCCACGGACCAUAUUCCCAGUGUCCCUAAGUUGUGCCAGUUCUAUCCUCUCUACUCCUGACAUAGGAGCUGAAUGUGCAGUGGUCUGGACUGGGGGAGAGCGGGUGGCAGAGAGGCAGUGCGCACAGGGAUGUUGGGGUGGGGUGUGCUUCCUACACAGUUUAGGGAAGAGAUGGAGAACCUAUGACCCUUUGGAUGGUGUGACUCCCAUGAAUCCACAGCCAGUAUGGUCCAUGGUCCUCAGGGAUAAUAGAAACUGCAAUUCGUCAGCAACUGCAGGUUGGCCACCCCUGGGUUAGGCCUUUAGACUAAAUGCUUCUUUUAAUUUGCAAAGCAGUUAGCAAAUGCUGCAAGUUAAUCUGACGAAUGGGUAUAAAUGAAAUAUUGCUUUUUUUCCAUGUGUGUUUUUAUUUUCCUUCCCAGAACCCUGGAUUUGACUUCAGUGGAGCAGAAAUUUCUGGAAACUACAGCAAAGGAGGGCCAGAUUUCUCUAGUCUUGGAAGAUAGCUGUCUUUUCUUCUUCUUUUUUCAGAUGUAUUCCCUUGAACUCAAGCAAAAAUGUUGUGAAAUAUAAAUUGGCCAAAGAACUCACCUGUGAGAAUUAGGCUUAAAAAUAGUUCACUGCUUUUUCUCGAUAGCUUUUAGAUCACUGAACAACAAUAGGCUUUUAUUUAAAUUGUGCUAACAUGGUAAUGCUAUGGCAUAUACAUAGUUCACAAGUCAGUACUAUAUGUAUAUCAACAAUAAAAAACCUAUAAUAAUGC